UAUAUAUAUAUAUAAUUAUAUAUGUAGACGUUUCUGUACGACUGAAUUAAUUUCUAGUAAAUGAUCCCUCAUCCGACUUUUCUCCGUUGAACACUUCUCCGCCAUUUUUUUUCUUCCUGUAACCGAAAGCCCUAAUCUUCAAAUACUAUCACCAUAUAUUCUUCUUCACCAAGGGUUUCUUCAUUUCAGAUAUUAUUUUUUUAAUUUUUGUCAAAUAUUUAUGGAGGCAUCGAGUUCAGACGCUACAAAUAUGGAAUCGUCCCCACCUUCAUCAACAAGCAAUGGAGGAUCGAGCUCACGAAUCCUCCACAACCUCCCUUACAUGCGGUUUCUCCAGUCCCCGGUCUCGUCGCUUCUCGAAUAUUCCGGCAUCCUCAGGGUCCGACCCGAUUACCCAUACUCCGAAACCCGCCCCCUCAUACCCGAGAACGUGGCCCCCACUCUUAACUCGCAAAACCCUAGCAAUUCGCAGUCAAUCGACGCUGUUGACGGAGGCGGCAGUGGUAACGGGGAGGUUUCGAUUCGGAUAAUCGGGGAGCGGGAGCAGGAUAAUAGGAUUGGGGAUAACGGCGAGAAUGAUGUUAGUAGGGCGGGAUUGGGCGCGGAGGAGGAUUCUACGGUGGGCGGUGAAGAUGUUAAUGGAAGCAGCGACGGCGAUAGCAGUAACAGAGAAGGGUCGACUUACCAGAGAUAUGAUAUACAGCAGGCGGCGAGGUGGAUUGAGCAGAUUCUUCCGUUUUCGUUGCUUUUGUUGGUCGUAUUUAUUCGACAGCACUUGCAAGGAUUUGUUGUUGCAAUUUACAUCACUGCCAUCCUUUUCAAGUCUAAUGACAUUCUUCGGAAGCAAACAUCCUUAAAGGGAGAAAGGAAGAUAUCUGUCCUUAUUGGUUAUUCGGUUCUGUUCAUGUUUCAUAUCCUUGGCAUAUAUUGGUGGCAUAAAAAGAACGCGUUUUUCAAUUCACUACUAAUGAUUCCACCAAAUGCGAUCCCACCUUUCUGGCAUGCCCUGUUCAUCAUCCUCGUAAACGAUACAAUGGUACGUCAGGCAUCAAUGGUCUUGAAAUUGGCUGUGAUGAUGUAUUAUAAGAAUGGUAGAGGCCAUAAUUUUCGUAGACAGGGGCAAAUGUUGACCCUUGUUGAAUACACAACCCUGCUAUACCGUGCGUUAUUACCGACACCUGUAUGGUAUCGGUUUUUCUUGAACAAAGAAUAUGGGAGUCUCUUUUCAUCACUGACUACAGGCUUGUACUUAACUUUCAAGCUUACGUCAAUUGUUGACAAGGUUCAAUCCUUUGUAGCUUCAUUGAGGGCAUUAUCAAGAAAGGAAAUACAUUACGGGUCUUAUGCAACACCAGAACAGGUAAGUGCGGCUGGAGAUCUAUGUGCUAUUUGCCAGGAGAAGAUGCACACUCCAAUCUUAUUACGCUGCAAACAUGUUUUCUGUGAAGACUGUGUCUCAGAAUGGUUUGAGAGGGAGAGAACUUGCCCUUUGUGCAGGGCACUUGUUAGAGCUGCUGAUCUUCGAUCUUACGGUGACGGAUCGACCAAUCUUCUCUUCCAAUUGUUUUAGUCAUAUUCCCCAAACACAAAAAAACGAAGGGAAAAAAAAAAACUCGGGUACAUAAAAGAUAACUGUUGAAUUCUUGGGACAAUUCUAUGUGUAUAUUUCCCCCCCUUUUUUUCGGUUUCGACAUAAGUUUAUUUUUUGAAAUAUGUUUUGUUGUUGUUACCUUUGUAACAGAAGCAAAUUGUGUAAGUCAAUAUAUAUUAUGAAGUAGAGAUUACACUGAGUGGUGGAUAUAGGCCCCCGCAACUCA